AGAGUGCAACGUAACUAACCUUCCGAUCGGCAAACAUGGCGGUGCAGGCUACUCAUCUGGAAGCUUCUAACGGAGGCAGGCGAGCGGAGAACGGCGGCGCCGCGGCGGAGAAGCCGAUAAUGUGGGACUGCGGAAGCUCCCUCUACGACUCCUUCGAGCUCAAGUCCUUCGAGCGCCACCUCCACUCGGCUAUAAUCGUAGACGAUUCCGCUAGAAGCCUCUCGAUGCCCCAUCUUCCCGAUCGCGGCCGCCGGACCAUUCCGGCGCCGCUUUCUCAGGCGAAGGGAUCGAUUUCGCCGCCUUCGUCUUCCAGGAUUUCGCGAUCGUUCCAGAAGCUUCUCAGAUCCGUUUUCCGGCACAAACAAACUAAUCCCGCCGGUGCCAGCGGGAAACAGCGGCGUCAGAACCUGGUUCCUGUUCCGGAGCCGUCGCGCGGCGCGGCACUCUCGACGAUCCCGGAGUACGAGGCGCUGUCGCCGGAGAUCAGGUCGUUGGUGCGGCGAACAGCCUCCGAGCGGUUCACGGCUGCUGCUUCUACUGUUGGAAUUUCAUGCGCUUGAUGCUUAUAUACAGAAUUGAAAUUACAGACUGAAAUCGAUAUAAUUGUAAUUAGAUAAAUUAAUAAGGUCAGAAUUAAGUGGUGGUUAGAAAACUUUAAUUUUGAUUAGUAAGAUCAGUAAUAAGCAGUUUGGAUCGAAGCAUCAAGCAUGGCGUCUGUGUUACUGUGUAUUGUAGAUUACUACUGUACAAUAUUACUAUGGACUAUGGAGUUAAAUUUCUUUUUAAGUUACAAAGACUCCUGUUUGCCCUUCACAAUGAGCAAUCGGGUGGAUGAUAUGCUUUUUGUAUCUUAAUCAUACUCCGUACAAAUUUGGCUUGGGUUGAGAACACACACGGUCCAAACUCCAAAGACGUAGUAUCUGAGCCCAAAAUUGUUUAUCCCUAGCAUUGUCCUAAAUCGAGAGUUGCCUUUGAUUCCUAGAAUGAUUGAAGGUGGAUUUAGGUCUUCCCCGAGCUUGGGGUGAGCUCCCUGGCGUUCAAUAGUAAACCCAAUCAAAGAAAUUGAAGCCGGACGUUUGAAAUCGCAUAUGCUUAUGCAUUGAGAAACAGAGAUGGACAAGGCCAUCGUGACACUGUAUGAAGGAACGACUUGCUCUGCGUGGAAUUAUAGCGGCCAGAGAUUAGCUGCUGGAUCGAUUGACGGAACUUUGGCUAUAUACGAUUCAACCGACCCCGAUUCCUUUGUUUUCAAUCGCUCUUCGAAAGUUGAGGUUCUUAAACUUUCCCCCCUCAUUUCUCAACUCAAAUGAAAGUUUACCCUUUACCAUUACGUAGUUUAUUUACUUCGUUUUUUUAAAAUGGAUGCUAGUGCUUCGUUUUGUGUACAAUGAUUCUACUUGUUUAGUGUUCUUAGAUCAGUAACUGUUGGAUAUGUCGAAUGGAUAGUGCUUUAUUGAACGGUUUAGGUUGUGCUACUCUUUUGAACCACCUAUUGGAUAUAGGGGUUCACUCCGUCUGGUUUCGAAACUAGAACCACUGUUUCCUUCUUCCGGAAACUUGAUCCGACCUGUGUAAGUGAUUUCUGUUCUCAGGACCUGCGGCUUUGGUUUAGCUUCUUAGUCCAUUUUACACUAAACCGGCUCCAUUUUUGGCACCAGAACCUCAUGUAUAAGGUUCGGCGGUUUACCUGAGCAGCACUGAUUCUGGUACAGUUCAGAACCUAGGGUUCCGGGUCGGAAAAGGAACCAUGUCCUUCUCUAGUUGGAGAUUUAUGGGUGGUAAGUAUAGUAUUGUAAGCAGUGACCUUAUCAGAAAGGCAACUAGUAAUAAUGUAUAUCAAAACUCAAGAGGAUAAAGUACAUUACUUAAGAGUAUUUCACAUGUAUAGGUGGAUGAAAGAUUUUCUGUUUUUAUUUAUUUAAAUGGUCUUUUUUAGGAAACUGUCGCUGCUUUAUUCUUGUUAUAUUUUGUCUUCAGACCAGUUCUUAUUUCUUUAUCAUUUAAGCAUGAAAAUCCCAUUGUAGUUUUAACUUAAUUUUUUGUAAUGUUCAUUGAAGUUAUGGCUUAUGAUUAUGAGUGGGGUUCCGUUGACACUAGCCAAUGGUGCCACUAGCGGUGCCACUGCAUUUU